CCUUCCUCCAACAUAUUACCACCAAAGGAGCGACAGAAACAACAUUUUUUGUGAAGUGGAAAGAAAUAGCAAUGAUAUACCUCAUUAUCCUGGGAGCCAUCUCAGGUUUAUCUGAAGGAGCUGGUGUGUUACCAGAUGGUCCUCUGAAUUCACCUGUAGGAGGGACGGUGAUGUUCACCACAACUCUGACUCCAUCAGAUGGACCUUUUACUGCAGUGUUCUGGAGAUUUGGUGUUAGGGAUAUAAUAAGCUAUGACCCAACUUCAAACAACACUCAUCCAGACUAUGAGGGCAGGAUCACCUUCUUCCCAUCUACUGCAUCUCUGGAGCUCAGAGAUCUGACACUGGAUGACAGUGGAGAGUAUGCAGUUAACAUUUCACCAGGUUUUCUUUCAGGAAGGACCAGACUGGACAUAUACAUGUAUGAGCCAGUCUCCAGUGUAACAGUAACUCCUUCCAGUUUAGACUUGGUUGAGUUCAACAGUUCUGCUCGUCUGUCCUGCUCCUCCUCUGGAUCAGUAACCUCUUAUGUCUGGAUGAACGGCAGCUCUGAGGUUACAGCCAGUGACAGAGUUCAUGUCACUGAUGGAGGCUCCACUCUGACUGUAGUAAACGUGAGCCGCUACGACCAGGGAUCAUACAGGUGUCAUGUGUUCAAUCCUGUCAGUGAUGCCACCAGUGAUCCAGUGAUCAUCUCUGUCAGUUACGGACCAGAAAACAUCAAAUUGAAGCUUUCUCCAUUACAAAACCAAUAUAAUACCGGAUCAGACAUCAACCUGACCUGCUCAGCUGAGUCCAGACCUUCAGCCCAGUUUACGUGGCUCCUGGAUGGAAAGCAGCUGUCUGAUACUGGACCAGAACUCAGACUGAUGAACAUUCAGACGACUCAGAGUGGAAAUUACAGCUGUCAGGCCUUUAAUAGCAGAACCAUGAGAUAUAAAAACACUCAGCCCUCAGUCAUCUCUGUUGUGGCUGAAGAACCCGGCAGUCCCCCAGCUGGAGCCAUUGCUGCAAUAGUAGUUGUGUGUUUGGUAGUUGCUGCUGGAGGACCUGCAAUAGGCGUCUGUGUUUAUAAAGGACAACAAAGCCAAAGAGACAAGGCUAAACCAAAUUCAAGGAAUACAGGAGUCAUCAUCAAUCCCAUCAUUCCCUCCACUUCUGCUGCCACAGCUUUGGAGAAGGAACCGCAAGAACAAGAACACGUGUACCAGAACAUGCCCGGCAUCUAUGAUAAAGUACAAUAAGGUUAACAUCCUCAAAGAUUGUUGGAAAGUGACAAACUUUAAACUUAUAAAAAUGAAAAGUGUUUAUGUUGGUGUGUAAAUUAUAUAUUUUACAGGUCUCUAUAUAACUUUUUAUGUUUUCUUAAAACUUGAAGCUAUUUGUUCGAUACGCUUCCAUCAUUUUAUGUAAAGAAAUAACACGUUACACCUCCCUCUGAUAAGUCUAGGGUUUACAACGUUUUUGUAAUAAUUUAUUCAGGGGUCGAUCGAUAAAGUGUUCAAGAAGUUUCAAGUUAUAUGCUUUCUUGUAGUUUGAAAUAUUAGUGUAAUGAGGUAUUAGCCUUUUAUAAGGGUGUUAAUGACAGACAGACAGACAGACAGACAGACAGACAGACAGACAGACAGACAGACAGACAGACAGACAGACAGACAGACAGACAGACAGACAGACAGACAGACAGACAGACAGACAGGAAAAAAAGGGCGCUAUGUAUUCAUUACUGACAUCUAGUGGUCAAACACCUUUGUUCCUUAUGAUUGUUUUCUGGCUUUAUUUACCACAAAUUAAUGGUUUGUUAUAUAAGAUUUGUAUAAAGUGUUGUAUAAGAAGUAUACAAUCCUGUUUUUUUCCCCCUGUGUGCUGUCACCUUUUAGAACAAAAAAGCAGCCACAAUCACUAAACUCCCUUAACUUUUUUGCUCCUUCUUUCCUGACUUUUAAGGAUGCAGUUUUUCCAAAUGGUUCAAGAUGACAGUGAAAGCAUAUUCUCCUGUGUAGAAGUUUCCACUAACCAAAUAACUAUAAACGGUUCAUCCUUUGGCAAUAAAAGCUUAAGAAUUUUUAUGAAUCAUAUUGGUAUUGUUUAUAGAAAUAUUACCAAUAUGAUUUGUUUUUUACAGAGUUAUUUUUCUGGUUGUACACUAGUAACCUGGCCUGUGGAGUCACAUAACAUGUAAUAAAGUAACAGACCAGCAAACUCAAAAUGGUUGUAACAACUUUGAAAAUGUUCCAGCUUUCCAUGAAAAUUAAUACAAAUGUCAUCUUAUUCAUAAUUUUAUUCAAUCUUAUUUGUUAUUUACUGUCUAAUUAUGUCUUGCCGCUUUUAAUGUCACUGUAAAGCACUUUGAAUUACCUUGUGUUGAAUUGUGCUAUAUAAUAAACUUGCCUUGCCUUGCCUUGCCUAUGUGCAUCCAUAUAUGUACUGUAUAUUGUAUGUUUAAUUAAUGUAUAUACUUUAAUAUUUCAUUAUUAAAGUUGAGAUAAACUAAAGGACUGGAUACUUUUUAUUUGGAAGUUGAGUAAUAUGUAAUGAUUAGCUGUAUUCAGAAUGUAUUAAUUGUAUUUAUGUUUGUCAAGGACUACAGAUGGAAAUUAGCUUGUGGCUAACUCUGGUGCAGCCAUCUUUUUAAUGUACCUGCACAUUGUCCUUUAAAUAAAUAAAUAAAUAAAUUGCAUUUGUCUUAUAUUUGUAGCAUAUUGCAUAAUAUAUCCUAUAGCUACCUCACACUGGGCAAUAUUUCCUAUUUCCUGUCCACAAUGUCCCAAUAUUCCUUACCUAUGUAUGUGCAAUACUCUUCCAUCCUUUCAGUGCAAUAUUCUUCCACCCAUCCAAGUGCAAUAUUCCUCCACCCAUUCAUGUACAUUUUUAU